AGCUGCUCUCAGGAUUCGGUUCCUCUUUUCUCGGUGAACCCGGGCCUCAGUCACGAGCUCGCUCGGGUUAUGUAGAGCUGCUGGUCGCUGGUUGAUCAGAGAGCGGUAUGGAUGCUACCUGCCGGACGGGUCCUCUGAUCUUCCUCUGUGUUUUUGUGACUUUUCCGGUCUUGGCAUGGCCAAGAAGUGGCCUGAAGUCCUUGCCUCACCUCCCGUUCUUCACGGUCUGGAACGCUCCUACUGAGACUUGUGCCACUCGCUAUGGUGUUGAACUUGAUUUGAGCGUCUUUGACAUUGUCCACAACAAGAAUCAGACGUUUAUUGGUAAGAACAUUGCUAUCUUCUACUCUGACAAGUUUGGUUUAUAUCCUCACUAUGAUCAUCAAAAAAUAUCGGUGUAUGGAGGUGUUCCUCAGAACGCCAGCCUCAGCGACCACAUCUGGCAGGCUGACUCUGACCUGAGGAAGGCCGUCCCAGAUCGAGACUUCCACGGACUGGCUGUACUUGACUGGGAAAGCUGGAGACCACUCUGGGAACGGAACUGGGACAGUAAAGAGGUGUAUUGGCAAGGCUCUAAAGUACUGGUGAAGAACAAGCAUCCAGACUGGAGGCCAGAGCAGAUUGAAGCAGAGGCUGAGAAAGACUUCGAAAAGGCAGCACAGGCCUUCAUGGUGGAGACCCUGAAACAGUGCCAGAGUGAACGGCCCAAGGGACUUUGGGGCUUCUAUGGGUUCCCCUGCUGCUACAACUACCAGUAUAAGAAGAAUGGCACCUACACCGGAGAGUGUCCACCACAAGAACUGAAGAGGAACGACAGGCUGUCUUGGUUGUGGAACGUGAGCACAGCUCUGUACCCUGAUAUUUACCUGGAUCUGGGGCUGAGGCGACACAACCAUGAUAUUCUGCUGUACUCCCGACAUCGAAUCCUGGAGGGAUUGAGAGUGAGAGAGUUGGUGAAUCCCAUCAAACCACCAGUUAUACCCUACGCCCGUAUCGUCUUUACAUACUCGCUGGAGUUCCUCACACAGGAAGAGCUGGUUUAUACUAUUGGAGAGAGUGUUGCAUUAGGGGCUGCAGGAAUUGUGCUUUGGGGAGAUGCAACCUUCUCCAAAAGCAAGGGAACCUGUCAGGCGGUGAAGGACUACCUGGACACCACGCUGGGCCGGUAUGUGGUCAAUGUGACCGAAGCUGCAUCCGUGUGCAGCCAGGCCUUGUGUUCGGCCCGGGGUCGAUGCCAGAGACGGGACCCGGGCUCUGGAGCCUACCUCCAUCUAGACCCAGCCGUGUGGAACAUCGUCCACAGAGCAGAUCCUCCGGACGGGCCACCAGAUGGUCCAUCGUAUCUGAUAGAGAGGAGAGUGAGCAGUGAUGAGGGGGAGAGGAGCAGAUUUAUAGAGCUGUUUAAGUGCCAGUGUUUCCCAGGCUGGGAAGGCGAACACUGCCAGAAACAGGUUGGUAGCUUUGAGAAACUGUGAGCAAACUUCUUUGAAAGUUUUAAAGUUAUAUAGAAUCAAAUAUAAAACUGGAAGAAAUUCUCAGUGUAAUCAGCUCUAUUAAAACUUCACUAUAACUUAAAAAAUGGAAACCAUGGGACAUUUCCUAGUUGUUUUUUGCCUUAAGCAUGUACAUCUUAGUAUUGAGCAUAAGGGGCUAAAAUAUACUUCAGAUUUCAAUAAAUCUCAUUGGUUUAUUGAAGUAUCUUAUAAUUGGAAGAUGAUUAAUAACAGUAAAUAACUGAUACUACUGGUACUGGUUAUAAUGAAUGUGUUUUAUCUGUUACAGUAGGAUCAGUCAUUUCAAAAUUCUGAUUCAGAUUCUUGUUAUUCAUUUCUAUCUGUAUGAACUAUCAACCAAAGUCUUUAUAGGCAGAUCUGUUCACUAGGCAGCCUUAUUUGCAAUGCCGCUAGUAGGGCUGCAAUGAUUAGUUGAUAUAAUCGACAAUGUUGAUUAUUUAAACUUGUAGACUAAUUGUUAAUUUGUAACAGUACUGCAUUACACAAAGUGCUGGGGACAGAAGAGCAAUGCGAUAUGGGUAAAUGGCUCAUUCACAUAGUUUACACUCAACUUGGUCUGUGACUCCAAAAGAGCCCAAACACAACAUAUUACAUAGUUACUUACUAAAUAUCAGUACUCUUCAUGUUUAAACAGCAUCUGGAUAUUUAGAGAUGAAAUACAUGGCAAAAAUAUUUGUUGACUAAUCAACUAAUCGAAAAAAAAUAUUAUUGACUACCAAAAUAGUCAUUAGUUGCAGCCCUAGCUGCUAGACGGUUAACUCAAGUUGUUUAUGACUGGCCUGCUAUGUCUUUAAAUGUACAAAGAUUGAAGAUCAAUUUAAUGUUUCAAUAACAUAAUUUUACAUCACUGGUUAAAUAAAAAAAAAAAAAAAAAAAAAAAAUCUUCAGUUUAUAGUGUUUGAUUUAUGUAGCUUGUUCUGGCUACUGCACUUGCGCAGAUCUCCACAUCGUGGGUUCGGCCUCCUUACAAGCCUCUCUGCCGCUUUUGGCACAACAAGUAAACUGUUUGGCUCUUUUUGGUGAAGGGCAGGACUUUAUCGACUAACAGACAUCAGGGUGAGCUUUAUAAUUAAUGCCAUCCCAUAUUUCAUUCUGUGGCUGGUCUCCUCAUUGAUAAAAUCUCGGUUUAAAUUUAUGCAGAUUAGAGAUACCGUUAUACAAUAAAUAAAGGAUAAAAUGUUCUAAUUUUUUUACAUUCAAGACUUGCUUUUAAAUCAAAUUUUAUUUUUGUCUCAGCAGUAAAGAUAAAUGCAGUAGUCAGUAUUUGCUGUUGGUCAGAAAUGUUACUGAUAUGCUGGUUAGAAAAUAGAAUAUAUUUUUUGAGCUGUGUCGUAUAAAAACCUCUUUUGAAUUCAAAAAGCAGCAUCAAGUGAUUUUUUUUUAAGUGGUUCAGCAUAAUAAGGCACUGACUGAUUGUGCUGCUUUAGCAUCAGCAGCUGGAGUCUGAGAGAGCACAAUUGCUGACAAACCCUCUUAUUGUUCCUCUCAAAGCACAGCUGUCCUGGUAUCUCAUGUAUCAGAGCUGAAAAAGGUUUCAAAAAAUGUGAGGAGUAGUUUGGGAGCUGCACUGGGUGAUGAUGUAUGGGUUUAGGGGCAGGGCAGGAGGAAUAGCUGAUUGGCUGAGCUGCAGCAGUGUGUCUCUGAUAGCGGUGAGACCCAGAUGAUUGGACGUCAGCAGGGGGGUGGUAUUAUUAAUUGACUGAUUUGCAUAUUGUGAUGUGUCUGUCUAUCAAAGUACACAAACACAUCAUCCACGUAAUCAUAAUCCUAUAUCACAGUUAAACCUGAGAGGGCGCUGCAGAGGCGAAAAUGCUGCAAUAAAAGUGUUUUUUUAAACGUUAGGUAAUGUUUUUUAAAAGCUUUAAGCAGGAUUGAUAUGUUUCAUUACUUCUAAGAAACACAUUUUAGCUAUUAAUAAAAUAUAUUUGGUUUAGGGCUUAGCGGCUCUUUAAAGCACUUUUAUGGAUAGGAACUGCAGGUACUGGACUUCCUCCAGGAGAACUUUGGAAAUUGUAUUUCAUUUUUGGAAAAGCUUUAUGUGUUUAUUCUCAUUUUCUCAGAGUUUUCUAAUAAAAUAACUUAUUAAAAUUGUUGUUAGUAAUGUUUGUGAGUAAUAUUUAUUAAACGAAUGCUCUGUUUCUGCUGGUAGUAAAGUCCUGUCACAAUAACUGUUUUUUUGUGGACUGUAUAUUGUUUCAGAAAGAAUUGUAAUAAAAAUGAUUACUGUCAUUUUAACCCUCUAUGGUAUGGAGUGAAUUUUUGGGGAGGAAAAAAAACUAUAAAAUAACAAUUUGGGAGAUUUUUUCUUUGUAAACUUUUUUUAGACCAUUUUAUUGUUUUGAUAACAAGCUAAAUAUUUAAAUAAGCACUGCUUUAUCUACAUAAUGUUGCCAAAAAGAUUGUUUUAUAACAAGAGUGUAAGGAUAUGGUAAGAACAUGAACAGCAAAAUAUAGUUCUUUACAUAUUCUUGCACAUAUACUGGAUGUAGAUAUGAUAUGUGUAACAUUAUAUAAAAAAUAAAAUAAAUAAAUAGAUAAUUUUAUCAGUAUGGUAUGUUAUGGAAUUGUGUACUAACCAAAAGAAGGUUUGUUGCUUGAGGGCAACAUCAUGCAUUGGGGGUUAAGACAAUAUUUUCUUUUUAAUUUUUUUCCCCAUUUUCUCCUCAUUUAUUUGGCUAACUGUUCCACCCAUUCAGCUACUACUCAGCGGUAUAUCCCUCUAUCACUAGUGAUGCCCCAACACCAGGAGGGUGAAGACUAGCACACGCCCCCUCCGAUACAUGUGAAGUCAGACUCAAUCUCUUUUGCUGCUGCUGAUGCAGCAUUACCGAGCAGCAUCACAGCGCUAACGUUCGGACGAAAGCGCAGCGACUCGGUUCUAAUACAUCAGCUCACAGAUGCAACCUUGUGCUGAUCCACAUCACCCUAGGAGUGAUGAGGGGAAAGAGCACCAUCUACUGUACCCACCCAAAGAGAGCAAGGUCACUUGUGCUUUCUCAGUUCUCUGGCUGCUGAUGGCAAGCUGCAUGACUGGGAUUUGAACCAGGGAUCUCCCGAGCAUAGUAGCAGACAGUGGUUAGCCUGCUGGACCAAUUAGCACCCCACAAUAAUCAAGUUAAUUUCAGCUCAUUCAUGUAAAAAGGCUUUUUCCAAGCAAAGAAAAACAUAAUGAGCCAUUCUGAGGUCAGCAAAUAUUCUUCCUUUCCUGGGGCGGUCCUGAUGAGGGCCAGUUUCAUCAUGAGGUUUUUGAUGGUCUUUGCUGUAACUGCAUUUGAGGAUACAAAGUUCAAAGUUCUUGAAUGUUUUUGAAUUGACUGACCUUCAUUUAUUAAAUACAUUUUAAAAUUUU